AUGAAGUCUAACGAGAAAUCCGGUGGACACAGUAGUAAUCUGAUCAAGUCUAGUAGGUCAUCUUCAAAGCGGAAUGAUUUUGAUCAGAAGAAGAAGAAAGAGGAAGAGCAUACACAGCAAGUGUUUGAGGAAUUUGUCGCCACUUUUGAGGAGCCUUCUAAAUCCCGAGCUUGGGUUAAAGGUGGUGUCGUUAAUCCGUCUUCAGGGUCCUCGGAGGAUACGAAAGGAACUGGCCGCAUAUACAGACCUGUCUCGAAGUUGGAUUCUAAAUUAAAUAAAACUGAGGAUCAAAAUAAAGCAGAUCUCAAGAAGUCCACUGAAAAACCUCCAGCUCUCGGUAAACGCAAGGGACAAGAACAAAAAAAGUCCAAACUAGAACAGUUCAAAGAGGAGCUCAAAUUGAUUCAGCAACAAAGAGAACAAAGACAUGCAUUAAGGCAAGGAAGAAAUCAACCCUCCACACAGUCUGAGCUAGAUCUUUCCGACGUUGGCAUGCGUAAUCGGGAAUAUCGGCGGGGCUCUUCAAAUAAUCAAGGUGGAGAUUCAGGUAUGGGUUUUCACAACACAGUGUCGACACCACCAAGCUUUUAUUCUAAACGUAGCCAAAACGAUCGUCAUGAUGUUGAUUACCCAUAUGAUUACGAUGGUGACAGAACAACGACAAAUCUUUUUCUUGGGAAUCUAAACCCUAAAAUGACGGAGCAACAACUGUGUGAGGCUUUUGGUCGUUACGGUCCUCUUGCAAGUGUCAAAAUAAUGUGGCCUAGAACAGAAGAAGAACGUUCGAGAGGAAGGAACUGUGGGUUUGUUGCUUUCAUGAAUAGAAAAGAUGGCGAACGAGCCCUCGAUAAUAUUAGAGGGAAGGAACUUAUGGGAUUUGAAAUGAAAUUGGGUUGGGGGAAAAGCGUCCCAAUCCCUUUAUACCCAGUUUACAUUCCUCCGGCAUUGCUUGAGUUGGUUAAACCACCUCCCCCGAGUGGACUACCAUUCAAUGCCCAACCUAGAGAGUGGUUAAAGUCAUUCCGCUUGGCGAUCAAGGAGCGAGCCAAACUUGUAACUGAUGGUGCAGACGGUGAGAGCGCGCCACCACCUCCGGCCCCAGACCGAAAGCCUUACGAUAUAAACAAGAUGUCGAGUGAAGAACUUACUGAAGUUCUCCGUGAAGCGGUGGUUAAGGUCGUUAUGCCAAGUGAUAGAUCCAUACUUGCUCUGAUUCAUCGCAUGAUUGAAUUUGUCAUUCUUGAAGGUCCUCAAUUCGAGGCCGCGGUUAUGCAUCGGGAAGCAAAUAAUCCUAUGUUUAAAUUCCUUUUUGAUUAUCAGUCUUCGGAUCAUGUAUACUAUCGCUGGAAGUUGUGGUCUGUCCUACAUGGUGAAAGUGUAACCAAAUGGCGUACAGAGGAAUUUCGAAUGUUUGAAGGUGGUCCGCUUUGGCGUCCACCUCCUGUUAAUUUAUUUUCUGGUGGCAUGCCAGAAGACCUUGUUGAAGAAGAUGAUUAUCCUUACGCCCCAGGAUAUGUUCCUCCGCCUUCUGGAAGGAGACGUGAAUCUGAAGACUUGCAAGAAGAAAUUCGUUUAGAAGCUGCUGCCGCAUCGCGUCGUUGUGGUUUGACGGAAGCACAACGAGGUCGGUUUACUCAAAUGCUGGAGGAUCUUGAACCCUGUCGUAUUAAAAUAGGCGAGGUUAUGGUUUGGUGUUUGGAACACGCGGAUUCUGCCUCCGAUAUCGCAUUGUGUAUAGUUGAUUCAGUUGCUCCAAAUUCGAAUUUCACUUCAAAUCAUUUGGAAAAAGAAAUAAAUUCAGUCGAUGAAAAUCCUAUCUCUGAAUUGAAAUCCGACCAGGGUUCUACAGAACAUGAGAAAUCUCAAUCUAUAAGCAUAAAUAAAUUGGUCGCUCGUUUGUUCUUGGCUUCUGAUAUACUAUAUAAUUCAUCAGCUAAAGUUCCAAAUGCUUCUUUCUUUCGAAAGUGUUUUGAAACUUGCUUACCAGAUAUGUUCAAAAACCUGAAUUGGCAUUAUAAAAAUGUAGAGGGGAAACUUAAAGCUGAACAAUUGAAGCAAAAAGUCAUGCUUUGUUUCCGUGCGUGGGAAGACUGGGCCGUAUAUCCGAAUGAAUUCCUCAUCAAGUUGCAGAAUAUAUUCUUGGGGUUGGUGUCGGAGGCUGUUGACUAUGAAGCCGACCUGUCGGGUAUUCCAUUAAAUUUGGAUGAAGAUGAGCAAAAUCAAGAUUUGGCAAAAAAAUUAGGGUUUUUAAAUCCGGAUGUCGAAGUUCUGGAAAGCCAACCGCUAGUUCAGUAUGAUGGAGAUCCCUUAGAUGUUGAUGGUAGUCCUUUAGAUAAUGAAGACGAUCGGUCUCCUUCACCAGUCCGCCCUAAGAAUUCUCAGUUCAGUGCACCUGCAACGGAGGAUGAAGUAAAACCAUCUGGGGAUACCUCUAAUCGUUUAUUUGUUCCAAGCAAAUGGGAAACUGUUGAGACUACUGAACCAGAGACAUUAACGGUCGCAAGUAUAUGGGAAUCCGCCUCCACUUUAGAUAUGAAAAAAGACCAACCUAUCAACAAGUCCAGUGAUAACAUUCAAAAUACACCUAAUCAUCUUCAGAACCAGCCGAAUGGUUUAAAUAAGGGAGCAUUUCUUCCUUCUGAAUUAGUUAAUGGAAUCCCACUUGAUACAAGUCGAUGGAGUGACAAUGCUUCAACAAAUAAAGAUGAUGAUGUAGACGGAGAACCAUUACCCAUUUUAGGAGGACUUGUGGCUUAUGAUGACGAAGAUGCUGCUAGUCCAGUUGCCAGUGAAUCUAGUCUUUCACCUGUACCUGUUUCUCAAAUUCCUUGUCCGACUCCCGUAACUUCCGCAACUUCUCAUGUUUCUUCAACGCCUAGUAGUACUUCGACAACAACACCUGUUUCUGAAGAGCGUCGCGCUAUCUUGAGAGAGGUUGAACUCAAGGUAUUAAAGUAUCAAGAUGAGUUGGAGGCAAGUCGUAAAGGAGAUAAAACAAUUACGGAUGAAGCUAUAAACAAGCAAAUUCAACGUUAUAGAGAGCGCCUUUUAGAAAGCCUAGUAGAAAAUGAACAUUCUGUACAUAAAAAAGGACAUAAAUCUGUUCAUCGUAACAAAUCCAAACCAUCCAAAUGUACUAAAGAGAAAAGUGGUCUGACACCUCAUCAAUCGAAAUAUCAGUCACGAGGUCGUGAUAUGUCAUCUUCCCCUACACGAAGGAAUUCAAGGGAUCGUUCACCUCCGCGUUCAUUCCGUGAUCGUGAUCGCCCUCGCCGACGUCAUGCCUCUCCUUCUGGUAGCCUGGGUCCUGGAGACUGGAGUACUUAUAAUAGCCCUUCUAUUCGAAUGGACUCACGAAACUCCAGCGAACGUCGGAGGACAUCUGCAUCUGGUUGGGAGCCUGACUCGACAGAAGAUGAAAUUGGCUACUCAACACAUUUAGAAGAUGCAGAAGAAGGAGAAGCUACUGAGGAUGAUGACGCGGGGGCAUUUACUUCAAAUCAGUCUCAUUCCAUUACUCCAAAGAAGAAGCAUGUUCCACACAAAUCGAACCGCAAACGACACCGUUCACGAAGUCCAGACCCAGUAGCAGCUCAUAAUCGCCACUCUCAUCGUUCUCGGACUCCGUCACCAACCAGAAAAAAGGUGCAUUCAUCAGACUCAGCCUCCAGAAGCUUAAAGCGGAAAUGA